AUGGCCGACGCUCGUACGCGCGGCGAGGCCUCAGGGUCCCGCCGCAAGAAACGAGACUCGCCAUCAAAACAACAGGAUCGCCGCGACGCCGCUCGCAGCGACAGCUACCAAACACAAACACAACCACAGCCGAUCUACUCGAAUACUAGAGCGGCACCUAUAUACGCCGAGCCAGAAGAGGACAUGAACUUGCGCGGCACCCGCGGUCCCCGCCGCUACAGCAGCGACAAUGUUUCGUCCUCCAGCUCGAGCUACAUCGACAUCUCGCGCAGGUCGCCCACCCAGCGCCGGUCAGCCGUGGGAUUCUUCCGGUCCUUCUUCGCUGCCCCGGACAGGCGGCGCCGCGUCAAGAAACAGAGAAGCCGCGCGUCCAUGAAGCUGGGGAACUCGUCGAGCAGCUCCGUCGACAGCAACCUCGCAUACGGAACCGGCUACGUGAAGAAGCGAAAGGAGAGAUACGUGUCACCCUACGGUUCCAGGAGGGAGCGCGAAACGGGCGGCGUGUAUGCGCCCGCGGGUCCAGCGCAAGGGAAGAAGCGCAAGGAGAAGGAUGUUGAGACGGAGAUACUAGAGGUCGGCGCGGGAUUGGCUGCGCUGGCAAGGAAACAGAACCGCAUGGACCUGAUUGAGGCGCGGAAACAGGGAAUUGUGCAUAUUAGGAGGGAGGACUCAGGAAGACAUGGGCUUGGGGUUAAGGGCCUGGAGUCUAGCCGUGGACUUGGGUCGUCGAAACCUAGCCAUGGCGCGGAUGAGGACGGAUGGGAGUCAGCGAGCGAUGACGAGUCCGACUCCUCUAGCAGCGUGGAUUUGGGGCUUGCAUAUGGCGGUGAGAACACAUGGAAUUGGGGACGUCCGCGUCCUCCAAUGCCCGUCAAGCGCAAGAGCACCAUUGUGGACCCGAAGCUCUUCGGCCCACAGAACUCGCUGAAUGGCGUCCUCUCGAGGCCGGUCGGCUUCGGAGAGGUCGACAUCAAUGCUCCUGGAGGCUUUAUGCCGGAACCAUCCUCUUUUGCGGCGAGGGACACUGGCUAUGUGUCACCGCAGCAGCCACCGCCAGCCCCGAGUCUACGUGGAAAGGAUGAUGGCUACAUUCCCACUGCUGCUCCCGCCCGCAGGGGAAGUGCCCAAAGCUCUGGAUCUCUACAACACGUCUUCCCAAUGCCUACGGACGACCCUCUCAACUUUGACGCAGGCCGGAGAUCCGUCGCGUCUGUCCAAGACCAACCAAUCUACAAUGUAUCGCGCACCGACUCUCUACCUCUACGACAACCUAAGCCAUUCACACCCGUUUCGCAAACUAUCUACGAACAGUCCUCCAUCCCAGCUCAUGUGGACUCUACACCUCGAAAAAGAGACUCUGGGAGUAAAAGGGACUCUGGGAGCAAGAGAGACUCUGGGGGUUACGCGACCUUCGCUGGUGCGGGCCUUGCUGGAGUUGCACUUGCUGGGAUGGCGGCCAACCGACUCGAGAAGCGUAGAACCGAAGACGAUUAUGAGAGAGCGAAGCGACGCGAGCGACGCAGUAAGGAGGUGCACGAACCUGAGGACGAUCGUGAGAGGCGCCGUGAAAGCCGUCGCGAGUCGGAGAGAUACGAAAAGAGCGAUAGACCCCGAGACUCCCGCCGUGAUGACGAGCAGCGCGACUACCGCCCGGAUGAGAGGCGUGAGCGACGCCGUGGCGAGGAACGCGAAGAGCGUGAGGAGCUCCCUACCUCUCGUCAGCUGGUAUCUGCCACUCGUCCCGACCCAUUCCAGUACCAGGUUGCUGACGACGCUUUCGAGAUCGCGGACAGGCCCCACAAAUCGCGUCAGGCAGCUGCCGAUGGACCUUCGGCCAGGGCUCUUGAGAAGGCUCCCGAAAGAGCCCUUGAGAGCGCGCCUGAGCUGCCUAUGGAUACCCUUGCUCUCGGGUCCACGAUUGAGAGAGGCCACACCCCUGCUAUCGUGACGGUGGAGAGAGUGCCUCGCUUUGCUCGCGGAGGAGCGCGCACCCCGGUAGUCCCGGAUGCAUCAGCAGCCCGUGAUGACGGACCCUCUGAGACCCGUGGCCGUUCGAGAGAGAAAUCCCCCGAGCAGGUACGGGUCGUUCGCGUAGUAACUGACGAGCCGCCCGCAGCAUCAAGUGAUGUUGCGGCCGCUGAAGACUCCAGCCCUACUAAGAGGGAGUUUAAGAAGGGCAAGCGCAAGUCAUACUCCGCCAGCACCGAGAGAGAGCGCGAUCUCAUCCAAGAAGAUGCCGACCGCGUGUACCGCGAGACCAUCGCCGCGAACAAGGCGGCUGCCAAGGAACCGGCACCGCGUCCUGUGACUCCAGAAAACAACGACGAGGACAAGGAGAAGGGUCCCUACGAUAGCCCCAAUGCCGACUUCGAGCUCGACCAUGUCAUGCACCCUAAGGACAUGCCGACGUUCUCCCCCGUUGUGCUCCGCGCGUACCCGGUCUCGCAGAGCCGCGAGAUAGAGGGCCCCUUCGACCCAGCCAUGAUGGGCCUCUCCCGACCGCUCCUAAACCUCGUCUAUCCUACUCCCUCACCUGAGGCGCAGAAGCUCCGUGAAGUCAAGGCAGAAGCUGAGAGGACUAGGUCCCCCGAGACAAAUGAUCGCGAGGUCUCAGACCGCGAUAUUGUCACGGUCUCCCCGUCGGAAUCUAAGGGCGUCAAGUGGGGCGAAGACGAAGUCAAGAGCUUCGUGCCCGUAACACCCUACGGCGAGGCCGCCGACCCGAUCCACAACGCUGCCGCACCGGAACCAGCGAAGAAGAAGUCUUCUCGUUGGGGAGACAUCCGCGGUGCCUUCAUCGCACGCGCAGCUGAGAUUAAGGCUGAAGAAGCGGCAGAAGAGAAGGCGCGCGCGGCCGAAGCCCCCGCUUCCCCAGCUGAGACCUUCGAAUACCGUGGCAUCACCGUGGAGCCCGAGCACGCCAACGACCACGACGCUAGCCUCGAGCGCGAUCUCCCCAGGGAUGACCACCGCGAUCCCGGUCCCCCUCCCUCCGUUGGCCCCAAGCCCGGCGCCGAUGUAGAGAGCCGCGGCAUGCCCGGAGCCUUUGAUGACGAUAUCGACUUCGCUGCCACUCUCGCAGCGGGACUUCAGGACUCGGGUUUCGACCCGAAUAUCGUUAUUAAUGACUCUAGCUUCGCGAGGCGCUCGUCGCCGCCGGGAUCGGAUGUCGAGACGGUGGUGUACCAUAAGCCGUUCUCGGAGACGGUCACGGACUUAGGCGUUUAUGAGCGUCAUCCUAGCGGAGCCAGCGAUGGGCCUGUGCUGGAGGAGGCGAGUCGCGAGAUCGAGGAGGAGUUUCCUGUCUCCAAGAAGCUGAGCAAGAAGGAGCAGAAGAAACUGGAGAAGGAGGAGGCAAAGCGUGCGAAGGAUCACGAGUUCGGCGGAAUUGAGGCUGCCGCGGCCGCUGCAGUAGCAGCUGCUGCUAUUGCGGGGGUGGCGCAUCACUACUCCGGGGAGCGCGAGGUUGCAGAGCCGGAGCAGCCCGCCGACGAGGCUGAUGAGUUCACACCCUCGAAGAAGCUGAGCAAGAAGGAGCAGAAGAAGCUGGAGAAGGAGGCUGCGAAGCUUGCAAUGGACCGUGAGUUUGAAGCGGCCGAGGCUGAAGCUGCUGCUACUGCUGCGGAAUCGGCAGACCGUGAGGUUGUUGAGGAGCGCGUCGACGAGGUUGAAGACUUCGCGCCCACGAAGAAGCUCAGCAAGAAGGAGCAGAAGAGGCUGGAGAGAGAAGCCGCGAAACUGGCACAGGAGGAGGAAGAUGCCGCCCGGGAGCGCGAACACCAAGCUAUGAUAGCCCAGAUUGUCGUGGAGCCUGAAGUCGUGGGGCCACAAGAUGAGGCUGACGAGUUCGCCUACGGCAAGAAGCUGACCAAGAAGGAGCAAAAGAAGCUUGAGGAGGAGGCCGAGAAACUUGCUCAAGACAAGGAAUUCGAAGACACCGAGGCUGCAAAUGGCCGUGCCGCCGAAGAGCCCGAGGAGGUCUGGGGCGAAGAGGCUCGGGAAGUGCCCGAGUUCUUUGACCGAGGACGAGUUGGGUUACCUGGGGCUCCGCAGGAGGAGAUACGGGACGAGUUUGACGACUUCGAUGCAUUCAUGCCCAAGCUGAGCAAGAAGGAGCAGAAGAGGUUGGAGAAGGAAGCUGCGGCCGCGAAACUUGCCGAAGAGAAGGAGUUGGCCGAAGCUGAGGCUGCGAAACUAGCUCAAGAGAAGGAGUUGGCCGAAGCUGAGGCUGCGAAACUAGCUCAAGAGAAGGAGUUGGCAGAAGCUGAGGCUGCGAAACUAGCUCAAGACAAGGAGUUUGCAGAAGCCGAGGCUGCCAAUAACCAUCCCGUCGAAGAGCCUGAGGUUCAGAGCCGAGAGCUGCAGGACGACGAAUUCAAAGAGGCUGAUGAGUUUUCCUUCACCAAGAAGCUGAGCAAGAAAGAGCAGAAGAAGCUAGAGAAAGAGGCUGCUAAGCUUGCUCAGGAGAAGGAAUUCGAAGAGGCUGAGGCAGCGAAUAGUCGUGCGGUGGAAGAACCUGAGGCUUGGGAUCAAGAGCAUCAAGCAGACGAAUUUAAGGAGGCGGAAGAGUUUGCGCCGAAGUUGAGCAAGAAGGAACAGAAGCGCUUGGAGAAGGAGGCCGCCAAACUUGCUCAAGAUAAGGAAUUCGAGGAAGCCGAGGCUGCGAAUAGUCGUGCCGUCGAAGAACCUGAGGCUUGGGACCAAGAGCAACAAGAGGACGAAUUCAAGGAGGCGGAAGAGUUUGCGCCGAAGCUGAGCAAGAAGGAACAGAAGCGCUUGGACAAGGAAGCCGCGAAACUGGCCCAGGAUAAGGAGUUCGAGGAAGCCGAGGCUGCGAAUAGUCGUGCGGUAGAAGAACCCGAGGCUUGGGAUCAGGAGCCACAAGAGGACGAAUUCAAAGAAGCGGAGGAGGAGUUCGCCUUUACUAAAAAACUGAGUAAGAAAGAACAGAAGAAGCUGGAGAAGGAACAGGCGAAGCAAGCACGCGACCGUGAGAUCGAGCUUGAGGAGGCAGGGGAAGGUCUCCAUGCCAUUGUUGAGGAGCCGGAAACCUCGAAAUCACAGGGAGAGGAUGAUAAAGAGGCAGACGAAUUUGCCUUCACGAAGAAGUUGAGCAAGAAGGAGCAGAAGCGACUCGACAAGGAAGCAGAGAACCUGGCGAGGGACCGCGAGCUAGAGCUCGCGCAGACUGAGGUGCCCAGUACUCAAACUCCGCAAGAAGCCGAAGAAUUUGCCGAGUUCUCGACCUCGAAGAAGAGCAAGAAAUCCAAGAAGUCCCGGAAGAGCGCUGGGUACCCUGACGAUGAUGAAGAGGUACCGGCGACGAAGAUUUCCGUUCCUAUCGAUGCAUUUGAUUUACGCCAUGACGACGACGCUGCUGCCCCAGUGGACGAAUGGGAUGCGCCUAAGAAGUCAAAGAGGAAGUCAAAGGGAGGAGGUGAAGUCUUCGAGGAUGCCCAGGAGUCCAUUUCAAGGAAGGGAUCGAAGAAGGACAAGUCAAGGGGCAACACGGAUAGCGACCGAUCCCAAACACGAAGCGUUGUGUCUGAGCCUGUUGAGGAUGACACUAGGUCCGUGACCUCGGAGUCGAAGAAGAAGUCAAGGGGUAGUGGCUUCUUUGGAUUCUUCGGAGGUUCGUCUAACAAAUCUGAUGUUGGCGAGACCGAGAAGGUUGUCAAGCCUGAUGAGGCUCACGACUUGGGCAAUGGCCAUUCUGCAAUUGAAGGCUCUAACGGCAUUUCCAAUGGGAACGGUCACGAGGCGCACGAGGAGGAGGACGAGUGGGCUAGCACCACGAAGUCUAAAAAGAAAAAGAAGAAACAGAAGAAUGGCAUAGCGGACGACGAGGCCUCUGAACAGGAUUCUUUUUUAGCUAAUGCCGGCACCCUUGGCGCGGGUGUCGGCCUUGUCGGUGCUGCAGCGGUGGCCGCUGCUCUGCAUCAACAAUACAAAGCCGAUGAUGCUGACAGCAAGGACGAUCCGGCAGCGCGAUCCCUUUCUGCUGAGUCUCAGCCACAGAACAUUGCAGCGGACGCUCAUCGCGAUCCGUAUCCGAACGACUUUGUCGAUCCGGAGAUCGUUGAGAGGCCAUUCCGUGUAGCCAUCGACCCGGAGUAUAUGGACCUCCUCGCUCUACCCCCAAGCGAUCCUGGCACCCCAGAUCCGCACCAUUCUACCGACCUUCCUGCUCUUCCGGACAGCCGACCGCCCUCCCCGCCAGGCACAGAACAUCUUGCUCCCAUCGACAGAAGCCUCGCCGCCCAUGACAAGAACCCCGCCACACCGCGCAAAACUGAGUCGCGCAAGCCUAACCGCAAAGCUGCAAGCCUCAGCGCAGUCCCCCUAACAUUCAAGCUGGGAAAUCGCUCAACACCCUCGUCCCCGGGUCUUACGCGCCCCACGCCACUUGCAUCUCCUCUCACGCCAGGCCUCGGACGCCCAUCGUCGCUCAUGUCGCCGCUGAGUCCUGCCAUGGACCCAGCGGGAUUUUCGCGAACAAAGGCGCGUCCUACCUCCUGGGACAACUCGCGCGAGAUCAAGCCACUACUCCUACUCGAUGCUGCGAGGCGAGAAUCGCUACUGUCCGAUGAGGAGAGGCCGACGCGGCCGCGGUCGACAGAACCUGACUAUGGUGUGUAUAGCCGCCGGUCGUCGCUUGCUUCUGCGAGAGCAUCGGUGGUUUCACCGAGAUCAGACGAUGUUGCUGAUUUGCCGGCUCUGCCGGAGAGUCGCGAGGCUUCUCUGGAGAGGGUCGAGGAGCUGCCUUCAUCCGUGGAAGAGCCAGCAUCAGCCGUGGAAGAAGCCCCUCUUGAAAAGAUGCAUGCCAGGGAUGACGAUGUAGUGUCUAAGGAGAUUUCACUGGAGCCCGAGGUGGAUCAAGCCAAGGAGGUCUCUGGUAUCGAAAGACCCCAUUCUCCGGAUCUAUUCGAGGAGUCACAUGAGUUUCCUGAGCUUCCCGAAAGCCGCCCAGCAACACCGAUGGAUGAUGGAGACCUUCACGUUUCCGAUGCCAUUGUUCAAGAACACGGCGAUAGCCAACAGGAUGAGACAUCUCGGGAGGUAGACGAUUUACCGCAGCCGACUCCUGUAGAACCUGAUACAUGCAACCGCAGCUCUCAUCUCUUCCAGCCAACGCCACAGACAACUCCGAUCAAGCACUCAAAUACCGACGAUAUCAUAUUGGAGCAUCCUACUCAAGACGAGACGGGCGAUCAAGAUGGCGCGGCUGUACAGGAACGCAGUUUUCUAGAAGAACAAGGCGAGAGCUACGUGGCUAGAGAUAUAUAUGCCGCGGACGUUCCUAUAGACCUUCCAACUUCUACUUCGGACAUUAAAGACGAAGUGAUGCCAACCUCGGAACAUGUCGCCGACGAUUUAGACGCCCAUUUUGACAGCACAGCACGCGCGGCUGAGGUUGUCCCCAAUGUCGCGGCGGAAGAAGAAGCUGAGCCCAUCGACCAAUGGAGCUCUACCCCAUCAAAGAAGGCUAAGAAAGGCACGAAGAAGGUAAAGAAUGCCAAGAAGGGAGGUUAUCAGACUCCACCCGCCGAGGAAACCCCAGAGCCGGCCGCCCUUCCUGAGACGGACUCAGCCGAGAAGUCGCUUGACGAGCAACCGCACCAACCGACUGAAGAUUUGAGUCGUGGUCUGCCACUGGCUGCAGCCGCUACAGCCGCUGCUAUUGCUACCUUUGAUGAAGGGCCAGGCGCUUCUCGAGACCUAAGCAUCUCGGACGAGCCAAUCAUCCCUCAGGAGCCCGAGGAGCCGAUUGAACCGGAGUGGGCAUUGAAGCCUUCUAAGAAAGACAAGAAGAAGGCAAAGAAAUCCCGCGGAGAUCCCGUCUCAACUCCAGCCGACGACACUCUCGCAGAGACUACCCUUCCCGAGGCCGAUAUUGAACAGCCGCCGCAGGCCGCCGAAGAUUUUGCUGUGGAGCCGGAAUGGACCGCGAAGCCAUCAAAGAAGGACAAGAAGAAGGGGAAGAAGAGUCGCGGAGGCGAAGCCACGCCUCCGGUCGAAGACACUACUGUAGAGUAUAUUCUCCCUGAAGCUGCUGUCGAGGAACCGGCACAGCCCGCAGAAGAGUUCGUCGCCGAGCCGGCAUGGGCCUUGAAGCCUUCAAAGAAGGAUAAGAAGAAGGCAAAGAAGGGUCUCAGCGAUCAAGGUUCAGCUCCGGCUGAGGAUAAUGCUGUAGAUGCUAUUAUUCCCGAGGUCGAGAACCAGCUACCGCUGGAGACUACCGAAGAGGUCCAGCCCGCUGAAGAUGUUGUCGCCGAGCCGGAAUGGGCCUUGAAGCCUUCAAAGAAGGACAAGAAGAAAAAGAGCAAGAAGGACCGCGGAGAUCAAACUCCAGUCGAGGACAAUGCUCUAGAACCUAUUGUUCGCGAGAUCAAGAGCGAACAAUCGGUACAACCUACUGAAGAGGUUCAGCCCGUCGAAAAGGUGCUUCCUGUUGAUGAUUUCGUCGCGGAGCCGGAAUGGGCAUUGAAGCCUUCGAAGAAGGAUAAGAAGAAAGGCAAGAAAGGCCGCGGAGAUCAAACUCCAGUGGAGGAUAGUACUGUAGAGACUAUUGUUCGCGAGGUCGAGAGCGAACAGCCGGUACAACCCACUGAAGAGGUUCAGCCUGCCGGAGAGAUUCAAUCACCCGAAGAGGUGCUUCCUAUUGAAGAUUUCGUCGCAGAGCAAGCUUCAGCCCCGGUCGAUGAGGUCAUUCUAGAGACUACUCUUGCCGAUGCGGACAGCGAACAACCAGUACAGCCUGCCGAAGAAGUACAGCCUGCUGAAGACCUCGUCGCCGAGCCGGAAUGGGCCUUGAAGCCUUCCAAGAAGGACAAGAAGAAGGGCAAGAAGGGUCGCGGGGAUCAAACCCCGGCCGAGGACAAUGCUGCUGAAACUAUUCUUCCUGAAGCCGAGAGCGAACAGCCAGCUGAAGAUAUAGCCGCAGAGCCGGAAUGGGCCUUGAAGCCUUCAAAGAAAGACAAGAAGAAGGGCAAGAAGGGUCGAGGAGGUCCCGUUGAGGAAACUGCUACUGAGCCAUCUAACUCUCCCGAAUCCGCCCUGGAAACAGAGCCGCUUCAAACUUUGGAAGAUGAGGCUAAAGAAAUCUCCCUCGACGUUCCUGUUACUGAUCUCGGUGAUGAGCCUUCCUCCGCUUCGGAACAACAGCCACAGCCUUUCGAAGACGUAACUGAUGUUCCCGUUGACGUUCCCGCUACUACUCUCACUAACGAGCCCGAGCCUGUUUCGGAACGACAGCUACAGCCUUUAGAAGACGUAGCUGAAGAUGUUCCCGCCAACAUUCCUGCCCCUGCUUUUGACGAUGAGCCUACCCCCGCUCCGGAGCAAGAGCUACAGCCUUUCGAAGAUAAAGCUAAAGACGCCCCUACCGACAUUCCUAUUGCAGCUGUUGAUGAUACCACCAUUGCGGAAUCCGAGGAGCCAGAAGAGCCUAUGUGGGCGCUAAAACCAUCGAAGAAAGACAAGAAGAAGGCUAAGAAGGGUCGCGGAGCUCCAGUCGAAGAUGAUCCUGUAGCAGAACAGCAGCUAUCGCCUUUAGAAGAUGAAGUUAAAGAGGCUCCCGUCGACAUGCCUAUUGUGGCCAUCGAAGAUACCCCCAUUGCCGAAUCCGAGGAGCCAGCAGAGCCUAUGUGGGCGCUAAAACCAUCGAAGAAGGACAAGAAGAAGGCGAAGAAGAGUCGCGGUGAUCUUGUCGAGGAUACUGCUGCAGAGGUAUUGGACUCUCCUGAAUCUGCUGCUCCAGAACCUGCUGCGGAGCAACCGCCUUUUGAAGACGCAGCUGAAGAUGUCCUUCCCGAAGUUCCUAUUGUCAUUCCAAUUGAUGAGCCUACCCUAGCCAUGGAACCCGAAGAGCCAUCGGAACCAACCUGGGCGCUAAAGCCUUCAAAGAAGGACAAGAAGAAGGCGAAGAAGGGCCGUAGCGAACCAGUCGAGGAGGACACUGCCGCAGAGCCACUAGACGCCCCAGAAUCUGCCAUGGAACAGCCGCCACUAGAAGACAUAGCCAGAGAAGCCCCCGUGGACAUCACUACCGCAGCCUUCGAUGAGCCCGCUCCCGCCGCAGAAUCCGAAGAGCCAUCGGAGCCAACAUGGGCAUUGAAACCGUCGAAGAAAGAGAAGAAGAAAGCAAAGAAAGGCCGCGCAGGUUUCCUUGAGGAGGAUACUACUGUAGAGACAUUAAACACCCCCGAACCUAUUACGGAACAGCCGCUACAGCCUCAAGAAGACGUUGUUGAAGAUGCCACAACUUCCGACAUUCCUGUUGCUACUAUCGACGCCGAAAUCACUCCUGAUGAGCCAACCUCCGAUAAGCCUACCGGCGAGGAGCCAAUCGUUGAUGAGCCAGCCGCUGAUGAGCCUGUCCCCGUUGCAGAAUCCGAGGAGCCAUUUGAGCCAACAUGGGGCCUCAAGCCAUCAAAGAAAGACAAGAAGAAGGCUAAGAAGUCUCGUGGAGGUCAAGGUCAAUUUGAGGAUACUGCUAUAGAGCAACCUUUGGAAGACUUGGCUAAGGAUGCCCCCAUCGACAUUCCUACUCCAGCUCCCCGUGGUGAUGAGCCCACUCUUGAUGAGGCCAUCCCCGACGAGUCCAUCUCCGCUGAGCCUGCCGCCGCUCCGGAAUCCGCAGAGCCAUCAGACAUAGCUGAGCCAACAUGGGCACUCAAGCCAUCAAAGAAAGACAAGAAGAAGGCUAAGAAGGGUCGCGGAGGUCAAGCCGAGGAUACUGCGCCAGAGCAGGAAGAGCAGCCCUUGGAGGAAAUGGCAAAAGAUGCCCAAAUCGAUAUUCCCGUUGCUGCUCUCGACGAUGAAGCAUCUCGCGACGAGCCCACAGCUGAUGAACCGACGCCCUCGGCUGAACCCGAAGAGCCAUCUGAGCCGACAUGGGCACUAAAGCCGUCUAAGAAAGACAAGAAGAAGGCAAAGAAAAACCGCGGAGGUCUAUUUGAGGAGGACACUGCUUCGGAGCAACAACCAGAGCCUUUAGAAGAUGUCGCAAAGGACAUCCCCGUCGAGAUCCCGCUCGCUGCUCUUGGUGCUGCUGCCCUCGGUGUUGCAGCUCUCGGUGAUGAACCUACUAUUGAAGAGCCCGUAGCCGUUGAGCCCGCCGCUAUCGAGCCCACCCCGGCCACGGAACCUGAGGAGAUGUUAGAGCCGACAUGGGCACCGAAGCCCUCCAAGAAAGACAAGAAGAAGGCGAAAAAAAUCCGCGGAGGUCUAUUUGAAGAGGACACUGCUGCAGAGCCCCAGGGCGAGCCUUUAGAAGAUGUUGCAAAAGAUAUCUCCGUCGAAACUCCUCUUGCUGCUCUUAGUGAUGAGCCUACAAUUGAAGAGCCCAUCGCCGUUGACCCCAUCGCCGUUGAGCCCACCCCCGCUCCGGAAUCCGAAGAGCCAACAUGGGCGCUGAAGCCGUCAAAGAAAGACAAGAAGAAGGCAAAGAAGAACCGCGGCCUGUUUCAAGAGGAUACUGCUCCGGAACCACAGGGAGAGCCCCUGGAAGAUGUGGCAAAAGAUAUUCCCAUCGAAACUUCUCUUGCCACUCUCGAUGAUGAGCCCACUGCCGUUGAGCCCACCACCGUUGAGCCCGCCAUUGUUGAGCCCAGCAUCGUUGAGCCUACCAUUGAGCCCACCGUCGAUGAGACCGUUCCCGCUCCAGAACCCGAAGAGCCAUUCGAGCCAACAUGGGCGCUAAAGCCAUCAAAGAAAGACAAGAAGGGAAAGAGGUCUCGCGGUGUUCCGACUGAGGAUACUGCUGUAGAGCCACUCAGCGCUCCUGAAAUACAACCAUCUGAAGCUUCAACAAACGACGCCCCCGCAGUCCUUGACACACCCACCACUGCUCUCGACGAUGAGCCAAUGGCACCUUUGGGAGAACCCGAAGAACAGAUCGAACCAGAAUGGGCGCUGAAACCCUCCAAGAAGGACAAGAAGGGGAAGAAGGCGGCUCAUGGAGGCCAAACUUCGCCGCCAACUGAAGACACUAUCGUCGAGCAGCCCACCCUCCCAGAGGCUCAACACUCUGAAGAUUCGCCACCAACCGUCGAUGCUCCUGCUAUUAGUACUAUUGAAGAUGAACCCAUCGCGCCAGUGGAGCCCGAAGAGCUGGCCGAACCUGAAUGGGCCCUCAAGCCUUCGAAGAAAGACAAGAAGGGUAAGAAGGGAAAGAAAGCAUUCGAAGACCAAGUCUCAACUCUGGUCGAGGACACGGCUGAGCCGUCUGAAGAUUUAACGAGAGACGCUUCCCUAAUUGUGGAUGCACCUGUAAGUGCCCUCAACACCGAACCGAUUAUGCCCGCAGAAUCCGAAGAGCAGGCCGAACCGGAAUUCGCCCUCAAGCCAUCGAAGAAAGACAAGAAGGGGAAGAAGGCAAAGAAAGCAUUCGAAGACCAGGCCCCAACUCCGGUGGAGGACACAGUUGAGCCGUCUAAAGAUUUAACGAGAGACGCUUCCCUAAUCGUCGACGCACCUGCCGAACCGGAGUUCGCCCUCAAGUCAUCAAAGAAAGACAAGAAGGGGAAGAAGGGGAAGAAAGCACAGGAAGGCCAGGCUUUAAGUUGGGCUGAUGAGGUCGAGGAGGCUGCUGAUGAUCCAGCGAAGGACGCCUCCCUAAUUGUCGACGCACCCGCAGAGUCCGAAGAGCAGGCCGAAACCGAAUUCGCCCUCAAGCCAUCAAAGAAAGACAAGAAGGGGAAGAAGGCAAAGCAAGCACAGGAGGAGCAUGCCUUAAGUUGGGCUGAUGAGGUUGCGGAGACUGCUGAUGAUUCAACGAAAGACACUCCUCCAGUCGACGUUGCACCUGCGGAAUCCGAAGAGCAAAUCGAAGCAACAUGGGCGCCAAAAUCUUCAAAGAAGGACAAGAAGGGGAAGAAGGGGAAGAAAGCAUUCGAAGUCGAGGACACACCAGAGCUAUCCGAAGAUUUAACGAAGGAUGCCUCGCUAAUCAUCGAUGCGCCUGUCGAAUCCGAAACGCCAAUCGAGCCAGAAUGGGCGCCAAAGGCUUCGAAGAAAGACAAGAAGGGGAAGAAGGGUAAGAAGGCAUUCGAAGUUGAGGGCACACCUGAGCCAUCGGAAGACUUAACGAGAGAUGCACCAGCGGCCAUCGACAUGCCCGCCGUUUCACCCCACGACGAACAAGCCGCGCCUGCAGAGUUUGGGGAGCCUAUGGAGGAGACGUUUGCACUAAAGCCUUCGAAGAAAGACAAGAAAGCGAAGAAGGCCCGCGAAAGCCAAGUGUCAACUCCCCCUGUAGACUUCGAAUAUGAAUCUACUUCGCAGACCAAGACUGUCGAUGGAUUUGAGGCCGGCUACAAGGAAGAUCAGUUGGCUCUAGCAAGGCAAUUACAAGCAGAAUUCGGAUCAGGAGCGGCGAAAUCUAAGAAGUCCAAGAAAAAGUCUCGUGGCGGAAGCCAACCCUCAGUCCCCUCUACACCUGUCGAAGUAGAGGCUGCUGAGGCUGAGUAUUUCGAGAGCGCUCCGCAACCAAGAUCUAUCGACGGCCUUGAGGUUGGCUACGAGGAGGACCAGUUAUCUCUCGCAAAACAACUGCAAGCUGAGUUCGGAUCAGGCAGCAAGAAGUCUAAGAAGGGGAAGAAGUCUCGCGGAAGCCAAGGCUCAAUGCCAUCUACACCCGUCGAAGUUGAGACUCCUGAGAUUGAGAGCACUGAGAGUGCUUCUCAGCCAAGAGCAUUCGACGGACUUGAGGUUGGCUACGAGGAAGACCAGCUAGCUCUCGCAAAGCAAUUGCAAGCUGAGUACGCGUCAGGUAGUAAGAAGUCUAAGAAGGGGAAGAAGUCUCGUGGAAGUGAAGUUUCAUCGCCUUCUACACCUAUUGAAGUCGAAAGCUUCGAGAGCGACCAACAAAGAGCUAUCGGCGGCCUUGAGGUUGGCUACGAGGAGGACCAGCUGUCUCUCGCGAAGCAGUUACAGGCUGAAUUUGGAUCAGGCAGUAAGAAGUCAAAGAAGGGCAAGAAAAACCGCAGCUCGUCUGCAACGCCGAAGUCAAAUUACGAAACUUACGAUGAAGAGCCACAGACUUUCGAGUCUGAAGCAGCGACACUAGACUCUCAUCAUGAUAAGCCUAGGGAUCUUGACAAUUCACCGAUCCAUGAGGCAGUUGAAGCGCCACGAGACUUUCAAGAUGUCAGAUCGGUUGAAGUGCCAGAGACAGCAGAAGACAACUCUACAAUCGAAGCCAUGGUUGGAGCAGCAGCAGCUCUUGGAGCUAUUGGAGUCGGCGCUGUAAUCAAACAUGCAGUGGAGGCUUCAGAAGACAAAUCUGCCCACGACAUUGUUGAGGUACCAAAGGAAGACUUGCAAGAUCCCAGAUCUCUCGAUGCGCCAGAAUAUUCAGAAGAUACCACGGUUCCUCAAGUGGUAGUCGACGCACCGCACGACCUGCAAGCAUCCAGAUCUAUUGAUGCUGCAUAUGUCCCAGAUGUCGUCGAAGCACCAAGGGACUUGCAAGACUUCGAAUCUUCGAAACCCGAGGAGCACAUGGCCACGAUACAUCAGCAAGAAAAUCCAGAAGCUUUAGAAGAGCUUUCCCACCCAUCAUUUUCAAAGCAUGUCACAGUAGAUAGAGAGAUUGGCAGCCCGUCGCACGUUACAUCUGACUAUCUGAGUCGUGAACCUCAAUGGCACACUCCAUCCCGACUACCUGUCGUGCUCGAGGAGGAUAGCACCGACUACAGGAAGUCUUCCGACAGCCCACCUCAGGAGUACAUACCUUUCGGAGACAGGAGCAUCGAUGACUUCAAUCGCGACAGCGCCUAUGUGGCCGAGUCGCCAAUAACUACCUCCCGAUCGCUUGCUGCGGAUCACGAAUAUACGAGAGAUAGCGGUGUUCACCUUGAUGGACGGAGCCGUAGCCAUACUCCCGAGAGGAGGUCGUCUCCUCCACGAACCCCAGCACCAGCUGUGUCUGACGACGCACUCGCACGUCUCUCAUGGCCGCCUGUGAAUGAUACAGAUGAGACCGUGGAUCUGCACAGACCAAAGUCCCGUAAGGUUCAGGAACAAUCACGGCUUACGCCUUUGAGUUUCCCACCUCCUGCUAUUGGGCUUGGAGCCGCAGGUGCAGGUCUGGCUGCUGCUAGAGGCUACGACAAGCUGUCUCGCACUGGUAGUCCCGACAUUCGCAGGUCGUCUGCUGAUAGCCCCGAACUUCGCAGAUCGUCUGGCGAGAUCAAACGUAUGACAACUCCGCAUCGCAUAGAAACCCCACGAAGCGUGAGCGAACGCAAAACUCCAGAUAUUAAUCGACUUCAUACGCCAGAUCAGGUGCGAAGUCGACCAGUGAGCGCGACCAGUAGUAAAUUUUCGUCAGGCACGCCUCCGCUCCGCCGUAGCGACCGCAAGACUAGCGGGGAUCUAAGGUCUCUGAGCCAACGGAGCCAGCCGAACCUUGACGAGGCAGCUCGGGAAGCUAAACACAGCCCUGCAGGGCCCAGCACCAGCACCUCCGACAUCACCAACCCCAUCGCAAACGAAGGCCGCGUCCGAGUGAAGGACAUGGCUGACGUCUACGAUGGCUACGGCGAAGGGCGCAUUGGUUCGCCAAGGUCACCCACCCGACCACACAGUAUGCGCCGCAGACAGAGCAUGCAAGUCAUCGACCUCGAAGCAAGGCUCGAACAAUUAGCAGCAGAGAAUCGCAUGUUGGCCGAAGCCAAGGAGCAAGCAGAAUCCAACCUUCAUCAGUCGCAGCGCGCGACUUCCGACCUCGCCGACCGCGACGCGGAAAUCGAUACAUUGAAGCGUACGCUCGACUGGUUCCAUAAAGAGGUUGAUCGACUAAAGGAGAUCAACGAGGGUCUUACGAGCGCAAAUGUCACGAUCGGACAGCAGCAUGAUAAUCGCUAUACCCAGCUUGAGAGCCAGCAUGCGCAAACAACAAGGGAGCUCGAAGAAGAGCGACACGCGCAUGGAAAUCUAUCCGAAGGCAUGGCAGUGAUUAUACAAGGCAAGGUUCAGGAAGAGCUACAAGACAAAGACCGCGAGCUCAACCAGUUGCGCAACGAGCUUGAGUCGGCGCGCGAACAGAUCAAAGAGAUGCAGCGCCAGAUCCUAGCCUCCAAGUCCGAGGAUGCUUCCUUCCUUGUUGUGCGCAACGAGGAUUACUUCGAUGACGCCUGCCAGAGACUCUGCGAGCACGUAUCGCAGUGGAUCCUGCGCUUCUCGAAGUUCAGCGACAUGCGCGCCUGCCGUUUGACAUCGGAGAUCAGCAACGACAAGAUCAUCGACCGGCUAGACAACGCCGUGCUCGACGGCUCCGAUGUCGACGACUACCUGGCCGACCGCGUGCGCCGCCGCGACAUCUUCAUGUCCAUGACCAUGACCAUGGUAUGGGAGUACAUCUUCACGCGUUACCUAUUCGGUAUGGACCGCGAGCAGCGCCAGAAGCUCAAGUCGCUCGAGAAGAUGCUCCUCGAAGUCGGCCCACCGGCCGCAGUCCACCAAUGGCGCGCGACGACGCUUUCCCUGCUCGCGCGCCGCCCUGCGUUCGCCGCACAGCGCGACCAGGAUACUGAGGCCGUCGUCCAGGCUAUCUUCCAGACCCUCAGCACGAUCCUCCCGCCGCCUUCCAACUUGGAGGAACAAAUCCAGGUGCAGCUCCGCCGCGUCGUGCGCGUCGCUGUAAACCUGUCCAUUGAGAUGCGCACCCAGCGCGCUCAAUACAUGAUGCUCCCACCGCUGCAGCCGGAGUAUGACGCCAACGGCGACCUGGCGCGUGAGGUCGCCUUCAAUGCUGCGCUGAUGAGCGAGAAGAUCAGCGCUGGCGGUUCGAGAGGAGCGCCACAGGUGAGCGGCGAGGAGAGAGAGGAGGAGGGCGCGGUGGUGCAGGUUGUGCUGUUCCCGCUCGUGGUGAAGCAGGGCGAUGAUGAGGGAGUGGGAGAGGAGGAGAUUGUGGUGUGCCCGGCCCAGGUGCUCGUUGCGAGACCGAGGGAGCCAGGAUCGAGUGUUGGGAUGAGGGGAGGGAGGAAUUCAAGCAGAGUUAGCAUUCCGGUUAGCUCGGCGAUGGGUAGUGAGAUUUAGUGUGAUGGGGAGGAGGAAAAAAUGUGAUGAUGAUGACGGAUGGGUGGAAGGAAGGAUGAAUGGGAUGUGUUAAGAUAUUGGUUGCUUUUUUGUUUUUUGUUUAGCUGGCGUUGGGUGGAUACCUGCAUUUGGGCCCUCUCUUUUUCGCGGUUGCAGAAGGGGAUUGGGUAUAAGAUAGUUUCCUUGAGCGUAUGUCGAAUUGAUAUUUUAUGUUUAUUGUCUAG